AGUGCGGCUCUAUGUGGCGACCAUUAGGCGGCCGCCGGCGUUCUACACAACGUGCCCGGCCAGUCCCCUCCGUCUUCAUGACCUUCGCCGGCGACGCACACCCACCGGUUACGCUUCCGCGCGCCUUUUCUUUCUUUCCUAACCCAACCUAUUUGUAUUCGGAUCUUUGAUUCGAUUCGAUUCGAUUCGAUUACUAGUGCCUGCAAAACUUUUUUCUGAUUUCUUUUUUUUUCGAAAGUUUAAAAAAAAUAAAAAAAAAUCGGCGUACAUGUCCGCCCCGGCUUACAACUCGGCAACCGAGGCGGAAGCGGAAUUGGAGGCCGCCGACUCGGCGAUCUAUAUAUCUCCACCCAAUCCAGGCGGUUCGGCUCCUUGGAGAUUUCUCGCGGAUUGUUGGGGAUACGAUCGACUCCAAGAACUUGCCAAGUAGUAGCAGUACAAAGGAGAGGAGAGGAGGGCAAGAGCGGGCGGCGGCGGCGUUGCGCGAUGAGGAUCAAGAAAGGGAAUCCGGUGGAGGUGUGGACGCAGGAGGCCGGGUCGCCGGUGGGCGCGUGGCGCGGCGGGGAGGUCACGUGGGGCAACGGCCACUCGUACACCAUACGGUGGCACGACGGCGACGGCGAGGUGUCCGGGCGCAUCUCGAGGAAGUCGGUCCGGCCGCGCCCGCCGCCCGCGCCGGUGCCGCGCGACCUGGGCGCCGGGGACAUGGUCGAGGCGUUCGACGACGACGACUGCCUGUGGAAGUGCGCCGAGGUCCAGGGUGCUAACGCCGCCAACGACCGCCACUUGGACGUCAAGAUCGUCGGCGCCGCCAAGGUCCUCACGGUCCCGCCGCAAAGGCUCCGCGUCCGCCAGAUGCUCAGGGACGACGACGUCUGGGUCGCGCUCCACAAGGAUAACCAUGUCGCCGUCCAGAGCGCGAUGCCGCCGCAUCGUGCCAUCGUCGGCAUGGGCGUCGGCAGAGGCAAAGGCGGCUACAAGCCCAUGGCGCCAGGCUUCACGCCGUUCUUGCAGAAGAGGAGCUUCGGCAUGUUGGGUUCUACUUCUGACACAAGCUCCCAUGGCAAGAGAUUUGAGGACGACACCAAGAAGAGGCUUAAGCAAGAACCCAGAUGUGGAGUCCAAGCGCCAGUCCCAAACGUGUGCGUGAACAACAGGCAGGACGAGAUGAGCGGCGAAGAUUGUGACGACGACGCUGGAAUAGGCAUUAAUCCCGAUGAUGAUGAUGACCAUCGGCAGAAACAGCACCAGCAGCACGAGCGCAAGGACGACAAGGAGGAGGAAGAAGACGACGACGACGACAGUGAUUCUGACUCGUCUUCAGAAGACAGCAGCAGUGGAAGUGACAGUGACAGCAGAACCAGGAGCAUCGACGCCGGCAAGGAUUGCCCUGCAACUCCCACCACCAGGCCUUGUAACGUUCAGGAGGCCGAUCAGCUGCUGCAACCCGUCAAGAAAGAGCAACCCAUCAUCAAGGUCAAGGAAGAACGACAAUCCGUCAAGAAAGAACAACAUUGUGACGACAUAGCUGAAUCACGUGAGAUGAAAAGCGAGCCCCUGAAGGAUCAGAUUCAGAUGGGGGCGACGACGGUGCGGGAACACAUCCACAGUCUGGAGCUGGAGGCCUACGCUGCUCUGAUGAAGGCGUUCCAUGCGUGCGGCGACGCGCUGAGCUGGGAGAAGGAGGGGCUGCUCAGUGACCUUCGCGUGCACCUCCAUAUCUCCAACGACGAGCACCUGCAGGUGCUCAAUGUGAUCUUGAACCGCAAGAGCAGAACCAGAGGGCCUCACUGAUUCUGAAUAAGCACACCCUGUACUAGGAUCAGUAUGCAUCUUCAGUCACAUCCUUGUGCCACCAUUUGUGGCUGUUGUAGUCGUGGCGUAGAGUAACUGUCUGGUAGACCCCCCGAGUAUCACCGUGGAUUUUGGGCCGGCAUUCUUUAAACAGGCCCGUUGAAUGGUCUAAACUGAUUAUAAUGAGAGAAAAGGUCAUUUUUUA